AUGAAGGAUGUGCUUCUAGUCGGGUAUGGUGCUGUAGGAGCGAUAUACGCUUUUAUAUUGCAGAAGAGUGGAAGAGCCCGUGUCACUGCCGUGGCGAGAAGUAACUUCGAUGUGAUCAGCAAACAAGGCACGAACAUUCGCAGUUUGCGAUAUGGAGACAUAGACGGCUGGCGGCCAGACAGAGUAUGUUCCUCCGUCUCCCAAGCCCUCGACAGACCCUACGACUACGUCGUGAUCACCACCAAAUCCGUCCCCGAAAUGAUGCGCGCACCGACCCUGCUCGCGCCCUUCCUUUCCGACUCCUACUUCAAAUCGAACCCACAACCGACCUACCUCUUCCUCCAAAACGGGCUGAACGUCGAGAAGGAUAUGUAUAACGCGAUCGUGGAGAAGGGUGGUAUUCCGAAGAUUAUCAGUACGGCGCUUUGGAUAGGCACGAACAUGUUCAACGAUAACGUCGUCGAGCAUUCUCAUCAUGAACGUCUGACCAUGGGCGUCUACCGUCCAAACGACUUCACCGCAACCUCGAACAGCGAAUCCGAACAAGCCCUCCUCGACGACUUUGCUUCUCUCCUGACAGAGGGCGGCAGCGUGAUGACCAUCGUGCCCGAAGUCCAACGCAUAAAAUUCGCAAAGAACUUCUGGAACGUCUGUUUCUCCUCCGUCUGCACACUCACGCGUUACCCCGCCCAAGCCAUCUUCCGCCUCCCCUCCCCUCCCUCUCCUUCUUCCUCCCCUGACCCCGAUUCAACCCAAACGGUACACGCCCACGACAACCUCCCACCCUCCGUCCUCCAAGCCUCCCUAAUCCCGCAAUACACACACCCCCUCUUCCACUCCAUCCUCACCGAACUCCUCUCCAUCGGCCACGCCCUCGGCUUCUCGCACACCGACCUCCCUCCCAGCCUCGUAGAGAGCACGAUCGAGAACACGAAGAAGCUGCAUGAGAAGCCGGAGAGUAAGCAUGUGCCGAGUAUGUUGUUGGAUGUGCAGAUGGGGAGGCCGAUUGAGGUGGAGGUUAUUGUGGGGGAGGUGGUUAGGAUGGGGAGGGAGAGGGGGGUGGAUAUUCCUCGUAUCGAGAUGCUUUAUGGGAUGUUGCUCGUCCUUCAGAAUCAGCUGUUGCAAGGCGUCGAGGCCCGUCGGGCACCCAAGGCAUAA